AUGGGUUUGUCAUUUCAGCAUUUGGUGAUGUUCAGAGAUGUGGCUGUAGACUUUUCUCAGGAAGAGUGGGAAUGCCUGAACUUAUAUCAGAGGAAUUUGUACAGAGAUGUGAUAUUAGAGAACUAUAGCAACUUGGUGUCAGUGGGAUGUUCCAUUUCUAAGCCAGAUGUGAUUACCCUACUAGAGCAAGGGAAAGAACCCUGGAUGGUUGUGAGGGAUGAGAGAAGAAGAAGGAGCCUAGAUUUAGAAUCCAGAUAUGACACUAAAAGGUUAUUUCAAGAAAAGGAUAUUUAUGAAAUGAAUUUAUCUCAGUGGGAGAUAAUGAGAAGAAUUAGAAGUUGUGGCCUCGAAGACUCCUUUAUCAGAAAAGAUUAUAAAUAUAAAAAGUUUGAGGGACAAGAAGGUCCUCAAGAGGGAUAUUUCAGGCAAGUGAAAAAAAUGCCCAGUUACAGAAAACUCACAUCUCUUACUCUGUAUCAGAGAAUUCAUAAUAGAGAGAAACCCUACGAAUGUGGGGACUGUGGGAAGGCCUUCAGGGUGCGCCAACAACUUACUUUCCAUCAGAGAAUUCACACUGGUGAAAAACCCUAUGAAUGUAAAGAAUGUGGAAAAGCCUUUAGACAGUGUGCCCACCUUAGUCGACAUCAGAGAAUUCAUACUUCUGACAAACUCCUCGAAUGUAAAAAAUGUGGAAAGAUCUUUACGUGUGGUGCAGAUCUUCGAGUACAUCAGAGAACUCAUAUUGGUGAGAAGCCCUAUGAAUGUAAGGAAUGUGGGAAGGCCUUCAGAGUGCGUGGACAACUUAAUCUCCAUCAAAGGAUUCACACUGGUGAGAAACCCUAUGAAUGUAAGGAAUGUGGGAAGACCUUUAGACAGUAUGCACACCUUACACGACAUCAGAGACUUAAUAUUGCUGAGAAGUGCUACGAAUGUAAGGACUGUGGGCAGGCUUUUUUGUGUAGUACAGGCCUCAGAGUACAUCACAAACUUCAUACUGGUGAAAAACCCUAUGAAUGUAAGGAAUGUGGAAAGGCCUUCAGAGUGAGACAACAACUCACUCUCCAUCAGAGAAUCCAUACUGGUGAGAAACCCUAUGAUUGUAAAGAAUGUGGGAAGACCUUUAGUCGUGGUUAUCAUCUGACCCUCCAUCAAAGAAUUCAUACUGGUGAGAAACCUUAUGAAUGUAAGGAAUGUCAGAAGUUCUUCCGUCGUUACUCAGAACUUAUUUCACAUCAGGGUAUUCAUAUUGGAGAGAAACCCUAUGAUUGUAAGGAAUGUGGGAAGACCUUUAGACUGUUCUCACAACUUACUCAACAUCAGAGUAUUCAUUUUGGUGAGAAACCUUAUAAAUGUAAGGAAUGUGAGAAGACUUUUAGACUGCUAUCACAACUUACUCAACAUCAGAGUAUUCACACUGGUGAGAAGCCCUAUGACUGUAAGGAAUGUGGAAAGGCCUUUAGACUUCAUUCAUCCCUUAUUCAACAUCAGAGAAUUCAUUCUGGUGAAAAACCAUACAAAUGUAAGGAAUGUAAAAAAGCAUUUAGACAACAUUCCCAUCUUACCUACCAUCAGCGAAUUCAUAACUUUGGUCACAACCCAACCUCUACGACCAUCCCCGCCCCUCGCUUCUUCCUGCAUCUGCAAAAAGAAGGUAGAAGACGAUUAGAAAAUCUGGAUUCGCAGCUCUGGGCCAACUAUCGCCUCACUCUGUCCAGAACUAUUCUAUGGAUCCUUCCAGCCCUAGCGGCCCUGGUCCAGUCCAAGUCCCGACUCUACGCCGGAGACCUUCAUUCUGGGGCUCCACCUCCGACCUUCUGCUCUGGCCUUUUCUCCGCAGCCAGGCCCAGGACGCUGAGGCGUGUACUGAAGUGCGCGGGACCUCGGCAUGGCAUCCAGGAGUUAGGCCGCGCGCACAAGCCCUCCCCCGAAUCAAGUUCUAGCCGCUCCAUCCAGCUCUGGGCCCUGAAAAGUCGAGAACUCCGCCUUACGUUCCACUGGUUAUGGGCUCCGCGCCCCGCCGCCCCAGCGCGGUACCGCGGUUUGCGGAGAAAUCUACACACAGUCAGUAGUCCGCGGGGGAGUGAGGCCGCUCGCUGUGCCUGUUCCACAGGCGGUGGAGGCUGUUGGGUUUGGAACCCGGAGACAUCACCCUUAUACUCACACCGUCCCGAGACGCUCUCACAUAACCCCGAAUGGAUCACACGCUUAUCCACUAAUAUCCCUCUCACAGUUUCAGACACAAUCGGACACACGGCACACUGCCCGCAGUCCUCGCUUCCCUUGCAGAGGACACUUGGAUACAAACACGCGACCGCGAACGCGUCCCUGCGCCAUUUCGUACGCUCAUUCCGUUACGUCUUGAUGCAAGGAUCCAGUCUGCAGCGGCCAGCUCUGCCUUCUUUGGACUCUGCACAUCUCCAGGAGAAGAACCCAGAAAACCGAUCAGUCCUGACAGUUCUAAAAAACAUGCCCCAUUGGUUGGUGACUUUCAAGGAUGUGGCCAUCGACUUCUCUCAGGAGGAGUGGGAAUGCCUUAACUCCACUCAGAGGGACUUGUACAGGGAUGUGAUGUUGGAGAAUUACAGCAACCUGAUCUCCCUGGACUUGAAAUCCAGUUGUGAGACCAAAAAGUCAUCGCCAGAAAAGGGAGCUUAUGAAAUGGAAUCACUGCAAUGGGAGAGUAUGAGUCAACCUAUCAGUCAUAACCUUGAUUACAAUGGUCUUAGAGAUACAAUGGAGGGCAAAGGAAAGUUUGAGGGUCAACAGAAAAGUCAGGAAGGACUUUACAUGCACAUGAAAAUUACCUGUGGUGAAAAGGCCACUCAAAGCCAUUCUAUGUCACCUAUUCUUCAUCAGAUAAAUCCUACCAAGGAAAAAUUGUACAAAUGUAAGGAAUGUGAACAAGCUUUCAACUACCUGUCAUGGCUUACUCAACAUGAGAAAAGCCAUAAUAAAGAAAAACACUCCGAAGUUAAGAAACAUAGGAAGACCUUCAGCAAAAAGCCAGCCUAUAUUCAACAUCAGAGGAUUCAGAAUGGUGAAAAGCCUUAUGAGUGUAUGGAAUGUGGGAAGGCUUUUGGCCGUAGUUCUGAUCUGAUUCAACAUCAGAAAAUUCAUACUAAUGAGAAACCUUACCAGUGUAAGGCAUGUGGGAAGGCUUUUAUUCGCAGUUCACAGCUCACUGAACAUCAGAGAGUUCAUACAGGAGAGAAACCAUAUGAAUGUAAGAAAUGUGGAAAAGCCUUUAGUUACUGUUCACAGUAUACUCUCCAUCAGAGAAUUCAUAGUGGUGAAAAACCCUAUGAAUGUAAGGCAUGUGGGAAGUCCUUUAUCCUUGGCUCUCAACUCACUUACCAUCAGAGAAUUCAUAGUGGUGAGAAACCCUAUGAGUGUAAGGAAUGUGGAAAGGCCUUUAUUCUUGGUUCACACCUUACUUAUCAUCAAAGAGUUCAUACUGGUGAAAAGCCUUACAGGUGUAAAGAAUGUGGGAAGGCCUUUUUAUGUGCCUCCCAACUUAAUGAACAUCAGAGAAUCCAUACAGGUGAGAAACCCUAUGAAUGUAAAGAAUGUGGGAAGGCCUUUUUCCGUGGCUCACAACUAACUUACCAUCUGAGAGUUCAUACAGGUGAGAGACCCUAUAAAUGCGAAGACUGUGGGAAAGCCUUUAUUUCUAAUUCUAAUCUUACUCAACAUCAGAGAAUUCAUACAGGUGAAAAACCCUACAAAUGUAAAGAAUGUGAGAAGGCCUUUAUUUGUGGCAAACAACUUAGUGAACAUCAGAGAAUUCAUACAGGUGAGAAACCCUUUGAAUGUAAGGAGUGUGGAAAGGCUUUUAUUCGUGGUGCAUAUCUUACUCAACAUGAGAAAAUUCAUGGUGAGAAGCAUUAUGAAUGUAAGGAAUGUGGGAAGACCUUUUUUCGUGCCACACAACUUACAUAUCACCAGAGAAUUCAUACAGGUGAGAAACCCUACAAAUGUAAGGAAUGUGACAAGGCUUUUAUUUAUGGCUCACAACUUAGUGAACACCAGAGAAUUCAUAGAGGUGAAAAACCCUAUGAAUGUAAGCAAUGUGGGAAGGCCUUUAUUCGUUGCUCACAUCUUACUGAACAUCUAAGAACUCAUUCCGGUGAGAAACCCUAUGAAUGUAAGGAAUGUGGGAAGGCCUUUAGUCGUGGCUCAGAACUUACUCUACAUCAAAGGAUCCAUACUGGUGAGAAACCUUAUGUGUGUGUUCAAUGUGGUAAAGACUUUAGACGUCAUUCACAACUUGCUCAACAUAUGAGGCUUCAUAAUUGAAAAAGCCUUGAAUAUGAUUUAAUAUAAGAAAGGCUUUAAUGUCUUCAACACCUCUGGAAUGCUAGAGAACCCAUAUUAUGUUCGUAAUGAAUUUAGGACAUCCUUUUGUUUGUGCUCAAAAUCAACUGAUUUUUAGAAAGGCUGUAUUAAUGACUGCAGAAAUAACUUCUGGAACCCAUUAUACAUUUUUAAGAAUCUCUAUAACCUUGGAAUGGAAUGCUGGAGUAUAUCCUUUAUUGAGCACCAUCUCUAUUUCACCAUUUCCUGUGAAAUUGGAGAAGUUACUUAACCUCUUUGUGCCUCAGUUUCUUUGUGUAAAAUAAUGUAAUGAUAUCACAUUGAUUAAAUUAUAAAUGAUUAUGCAACUCCCUUUGGACAGUAUCUGAUACUCAGUUAUCUGUUAUUAUUUCUACUAUCAUCAUUAUUAUAUGCUAUUAGAGAAGUCAAAUGGUAAGAAUAUUUUUGAGUACAGUAAGAUGUAAGCAUU